CUAGGGUUUCUAAUUCCUCUCUGUUUCUUUAUCCAUUUUUUUCUCUUCUUUCCACUCAACAAACAAAGAAAGGCCCUGUUGCUUUCUCUCUGUGUCUUCUAAUCUUCCACACAGUAUAUUAUGUAGGAGACACUGAAAAUUUUCAAAAACCCUCCACAUGCCUUAACUUUUUUCUAAUUGAAAAUCAGAGUUUCAAGAAAUUCUUGAGUUUUUCUGAAAUUAAACCUGAUUUUAUCUGGGCUUUCAUCAAACUUUUCUGGGUGGUGUUUAAUUUUAUUUUAUCUUGGGUUUUUCUCAAUUUCUUGUUUGACUAUGGGCUCACAAAACCACCACCACACCAUUGAAGAAAUAGACCAAGAACAUAGCAUCACCGUUGCAAAUGUAUCCAACCAGCCCGAUCGCACUACACUCCAACUCAAAGAAGAAACCUUGACAGAACCAGAAGGAAGCCGAGAACUUGAGGAACACGACAACAACGUUAGAAGAAUCAACAACAGUUCUUCAAAUUCUUGUCUUGUUGUCCAUCAGGUACAAAGACAACAACAAGUAGUAAUGGCACAGAAAAGAAACACAAAGGACAGGCACACAAAGGUAGAAGGUCGAGGACGCAGAGUUCGGAUGCCAGCAACAUGUGCAGCCAGGAUUUUUCAGUUAACUCGGGAGCUAGGUCACAAAUCUGAUGGUGAAACAAUAAGAUGGUUGCUUGAACACGCAGAGCCAGCAAUUGUUGCAGCAACAGGUACAGGUACAGUGCCUGCUAUUGCUGUUUCUGUCAAUGGAACAUUAAAAAUCCCAACUGAAUCACCAGCUACAGAAGCAGCAGACAGUGAUGCUGAUGGUUUGGUGCAUAAGAAAAAACGUUUGGCUCCUAUUGCUUCUACAAGUCCACAAGGGUUGGUGCCAUUAUGGCCAAUGGGGACCUUUGUGUUCCCACAAGGGAGUAGUGUCGGUGUUGGUGGGUCUAAUCAGGCUCAAUUUUGGGCUUUUCCUGCUACUAGUACGACUCCAUUUUUUAAUAUGGCUGCGAGGCCUAUUUCUAGCUUUGUUUCUGCUAUGCAGCCUGGGGUCCAAUUGGCCGGAAAUGUUAGUGUUGAUUUCGGUGAUGCUGGUGGUGAGUUAUUGGGGUCAGGUGGGUCACCUCCUAAUACUAUUGGGUCAAUGAGUUCAUCAAGCUCAGGAUCAAGUGCUGCUGCUGCUUGUGGUGGUGGUGGUGGUGCACAAUUGUUAAGGGAUUUCUCUUUGGAGAUUUAUGAUAAGAAGGAGCUUCAAUUUUUUAGUCAUCCUGUUAAUCAUGAUCAUCAACAGGCACCAUGUUCAGAAUCUUGAAUUUAUAGAUGAUGGGGUUGGUUGCUGUUGGAGGUUCAGCUCAACACAAUGUUAAUGGUAGCAGUGAUAGUGUGUUAGGGUUAUGGGGCAUGUGCCUUCUCUUUUUUUUUAAUAACAAGAACAGGAUUAAAUUUGUUUCGGUUUUGUUUAUGUUAUCUUUCUGGGUUUUAUGGAUAUUAAAGCCCUCUUGUCUUUA